AUGGCGGAAGUGAACCAAGUGAUUGAUUGCCACACUGUUGAGGCUUGGACUCAGAACAUUGAAAAGGGAAAUGAGUCUAAGAAACUGGUGGUGGUGGAUUUCACAGCAUCAUGGUGUGGACCAUGCCGUUUCAUUGCCCCAAUUGUGGUAGAGAUGGCUAAGAAUGCCCCUAAUGUCAUAUUCUUGAAGGUUGAUGUAGAUGAAUUGAAGACUGUAGCUGAUGAAUGGGCUGUGGAGGCGAUACCAACCUUCUUGUUCUUGAAAGAAGGCAAAUUAGUGGACAAGGUUGUGGGUUCAAAGAAAGAGGAGUUGCAGAUGACUAUAGCAAAGCAUGCCACUACUGUUGAAUGAUAUGUAAUAUGGAGGAUAUAUAAACCCCACUACUGUUUUGAGUUUUUUCUAGUUUUCAUUGGAUAAUAAGAAUAGAGCGAUGGCU